AGCUUAGGCCUUGAGCCAGCUGUCCCUGAAUCUCAGGUUCUCUUACGGAUGUCAUGAAAUUUCAAGUUACCUGUACAUAGAGUUACAACAGCGAUCAUUUUCAGAUCCAUUACUCACAUUUUCCAUUCAGACUCGCCUGCCAUCGGGAGGUGCUGGCGUUGGCGCCGUAAAAUGCGCGAUUGGCCGGUGAUCGGACUGAUGUUAUGAGCGAUCAUAGUGGGCCAGAGAUAGCUUUCAACCCCAAGGAGGACUACCUCACGACCCUGGAGCACAUGAAAAGUGAAUUUGACGAGCGGUGGAAAAAUCAAAAGCAGUCGCCCUACUCAAACCUCGAAAACUAUGUGUCACGGGCCGUCCUCGGCCACGGUAGUUUCGGCACUGUGCUACUGGUCAAGGAGAAAAAGGGGUCCAAUUUCUAUGCCGCCAAGAUGAUGAGCAAGGAGGAUCUGGUGCGGCUCAAGCAGGUUCAACAUGUUCACAACGAGAAACAUGUCCUGAGUGCCGCCCGAUUCCCCUUCCUCAUCCACCUGGUGGAUUCGACGAAGGACUUUGACUAUCUCUACCUGAUCCUGCCGGUCGUCAACGGCGGCGAGCUUUUCGUCUACCUCCGCAAGGUGCGGAAGUUAAACGAGAAGCAGGCCCGCUUCUAUGGCGCCCAGGUGGCUCUGGCUUUAGAGUACAUGCACCAGAUGCACCUCAUGUAUCGUGACCUGAAGCCCGAGAACAUACUGCUGGACAUGCGCGGCUACAUCAAGCUCACGGAUUUUGGAUUUGCAAAGCGCGUGGAGAGUCGAACCUCCACCUUGUGCGGAACCCCGGAAUACUUGGCGCCGGAGAUCGUGCAGCUGCGGCCGUACACCAAGUCGGUGGACUGGUGGGCUUUCGGCAUCCUCAUCUACGAGUUCGUGGCGGGGCGGUCGCCCUUCGCCGGCAACACCUACGAUGUGCUUCUCAUGUACUCCAAGAUAUGUUCCCUCGACUACGUGAUGCCUGAUUUUUUUAGUGCUCACCUAAAGAACCUUGUGGAAAGCUUUUUGCAGGUGGAUACUUCGAAGCGUUUAGGAAACUCUAACGAAGGUGCCAUUGAUGUGAAGAGUCAUCCCUGGUUUCAGGGCAUCGAAUGGUACGCCAUGCUCAAUCAGCAGAUUCCAGCGCCGUAUUUGCCACCUGUCAGCUCAGACGACGACUUCUCCCAUUUCGAGUCCAACAAGGUUAAACAGCGGUUGAAUUCUCCAAUAAACAGGCAUCCCGAGUUGUUUGAAAACUUUUAAAUAUUUGUCAGUGGAAAUAGUCAUCCACAUCCGUGUCAAAAUAAAAUGUAUUUAUAUUUGUUUUUAUUA